UCACAUCCAAAGGCUGAAGGGGGUUCAGGCUUACUGCUCUUCCCAGUGUGAUUUGUUGUGAUGGAAUCGGUCCAUGUGGGAGCGGCACCUGUCUGUGGCAGCAGAUCCACUGAACUCGCAGGCUGCUGUAAACUGAUCCCGGAAUGAAACGCGCUCUAGCUGCUCUGUGCACAAAUUCCUGUGAAAGGGGCAGGCUCAGACUGAGCCACCGCCUCUCACUCAGGGAGGUCUGCCGGGGCUGUGCAGCUCUCAGACCCACUCUCGCCUGCACCAUGCUAGCGUCCGGCUUUGGCCUGACCGAGCAGCCUUCCUGACCAAACGGCCACAGAGAUGUGCACCUUCUCCUGCAGCACAAACUCAGCGGAGGUCUGGAAGCUCACAGCCAUUUUCAGACCGGAGACAGAAUGGAUGGAGCGUCCCUGGAAAGCAGUUUCCUCCAUUUCUAGCAUCUCUCUUGGGCACCGGCCAGUCAGACUGGAGAUCUAAAGCCCACUGACCCACACCAUGCUGCCGCACCACUUUGGGCCCUGCUGGCUGUCGGUCUCCACCCUGCUGGUGUUUGGGAGCUGUGCUGAGGGGGAGCUCCGGGGCCUCCACCAGAUCCAGCACGGCCAGUGCACCUACACCUUCCUCCUGCCGGAGGGCCAGGGGGCGGCCUGCGGGGGGGGCUCGGUCCGCUCCUCGCCGUAUGACGCCAACUCUGUGCAGAGCGACGCGCCGCCACCUGAAGAACCUUUUCCAAGCCAGAAGAUCCAGCAGCUGGAGAGCGUCAUGGAGAAUUACACCCAGUGGCUGCAGAGGAUCGAGGGUUACAUCAAAGAGAGUAUGAAGAGAGAAUUGGCUCACCUGCAGCAGAGCGCUGUCCACAACCACACUGCAGCCAUGUUGGAAAUGGGAACCAACCUUCUCUCUCAGACAGCUGAACAGACACGCAAGCUAACCGAUGUUGAGACACAGGUUCUUAACCAAACUUCCAGACUUGAGAUUCAGCUCCUGGAAAACUCACUUUCCACCAACAAGUUGGAGAAACAACUAAUGGUCCAGACCAAUGAGAUCAGCAAGCUGCAUGAUAAAAACAGCCUUUUAGAGACAAAGAUGCUGGAUAUGGAAGUGCUCCACCAUGAAGAGCUGGAGAUGUUGAGGCAGGAGAAGGAGAGUCUCCAGGCCUUGGUGGGGAGGCAGAGUGGGGUCAUCAGGGAGCUGGAAGCCCAGCUGAGCCAGGCCACAGGAAACAGUUCCGCCCUGCAGAGACAGCAGCAAGAGAUGAUGGAGACUGUCCAAAACCUGCUCAACCUCUGCUCCAAAGAUGGAGUUGUUCCAAAUGGUACGAAGACCAUGACUGAGGAGAAGAGGUUUCGUGACUGUGCAGACCUUUACAAAGCUGGCUUGCAUAAGAAUGGUGUUUACAACGUACAGAUAAAUUCAGAUGAGAACAAAAAGGUGUACUGCAACAUGGAGACAGCUGGUGGAGGAUGGACAGUCAUGCAGCGCAGGGAAGAUGGAAAUGUGGACUUCCAGAGAACCUGGAAAGAUUACAAGAUGGGUUUUGGAAGCGUAUCGGCGGAACACUGGCUGGGAAACGAGUUUGUUUAUCAGCUGACGAGCCAAAAGCAGUAUGCCCUACGAGUGGAACUCACCGACUGGGACGGACACCUCGCUUUUUCGCUGUACGAUCGCUUCCAAAUCGGCAGUGAGAAACACAACUAUAGGUUGUUCCUGAAAAGCCACAGUGGGACUGCUGGGAGACAAAGCAGUCUUGUAAUCCAUGGGGCUGACUUCAGCACCAAGGACAUGGACAAUGACAACUGCAUGUGCAAGUGUGCGCUCAUGUUAACUGGUGGUUGGUGGUUUGAUGCUUGUGGUCCAUCAAAUCUUAAUGGAAUGUACUUUACCCAAGGACAACACAUUGGGAAGUUAAAUGGAAUAAAGUGGCACUACUUCAAGGGUCCCAGCUAUUCACUUCGAGCCACAGCUAUGAUGAUCCGACCGUUGGACUUCUAGUAUUUUGAACUUCUGAAUCAUUUACAUUUUUGGUAGCCUCAUAAUACAUUGGGGGCACCCACCUUGUUUAAUUUACUUGUCUCAUCUCACUUUUAGUCAACAUGAAAGCCUUGAAUUUGUUUAAAUUUGUUUCAACCUGAUCCUGUUCCGGAGUUGCUGCAUCCCUGUUGCCUUGGAAACGGCAGCAGUGGGCAGAGCAGGGAAUGGUAUGCUUGAACUGAUCUGUUCCAACACAGAUUUAUAAGUUUAACAUGAAAAAAUAUUUCACAUUGUAAAAAAUGAAGGACAUCUGGUAAUGGUUGGUCCUUAUAAUUGUUUGUGACUUUAGUUUAGUUGGUAAAGAUGUGAAUUUUUUAAGUAUAUGCAUUGCCAUCAGCUCAUAAAAGUUGCAUUAAUGUUUGGUGUUUUGAUUUUGCUCUUUUGUUUUUUUAUCUGCGGAUCUUAUGCUCUUGGUAAUUAUAUUAAAGUGUUGCAGGUAUUUGCUGGCAGUUAUAUUUACAUUUUGAAUUUAACAUGUAGCUGAGAAAUAUUAAACACCUUUUUAGAGGGGGUGAACACUGUAAAUGUGCCAGACUAAAAAAACACACGAUUCAAGGAUGUUUAUUCACUUGCAUAAUACUUGUUACUUUGACAACAAAAAACAUUUUUUUCAGUGUGUACUUCCCCAUAUGUUGAGCAUAUAUAAUGUAACAUAAGAAAGCUCACAGCUGAUGUUUCAUAAAUGAAGAUCCAACUUAUUUUUCUUUCAUUUGCUUCUGUUGUCUGAAUCAAUUGUAGAAUACGAGUAAAAAAAAAAUUAUAAUCAAGAUAUUUUUAACAGCCACAAAGCUGGACAUCUCAGGUUACUUGUCAGCGCAGUGUUUGUGAUUUGCCAUUUAGACCCUCAUUGCUUUCAAAGAGUCCAUCAGCGUGAGUAUUUAUGAGUGGAAAUUCGAGAGAGAAAAAAACUGUGAAAUGCUUUAAUGUAAAAUGUUCUUUUUAUGAUGUGUUAUAACAAUGUCUUAUUAAAAUGUUAAGUUUAUCUUCAGAGAAAGACAUAAUUAGUCCAUGAAAUGGGAAAAUAAAUUCUCCCCUGCCUUUUUCAAAUCUAAACCACAUUAUGUAAAGACCGAAAAUCCUUGUGUGAAAAGGAUUGACUUUUGUUUGAAAUGGUUACUCUCUAAUAGAACUGACAGACUGUUGAAGUUCCAAAUGAUACUGUCAAGAGCUGUAGGCUCUUCUCAUAGUUGACAUUCC